GUUUAAUGUUGGCAACAUUGGUAUCAAAGUAUACGUUCGAUUGUGUGCGUGAGUAGCUGUCGACGAACCAAAUUGAUAAGUUUGUUUUGUAAAAAAAAUAAUACCAAUUUAUAAAUUCAACGGACCUCAAACCAUGUGACAAGUGAUAAACAGUUCAAUAGUUUAAAUUAAACACAAAUCUACACCACGUUUUGAAUAAGUUUCGGUGGUAAAAUGAAGUGUAUUGUUGGGAGUCUCGGUGGAUGUCACACGCGAUCUCACUUUGAGGAGGUCUCAGGAAUUGAGUAAAAUUUCGAGGAGGAAUCGUUACAUGUACGCAGCGGGAAUGACAAUAAUGGCAGUUUCUGUUGGCGAAAUUUGCGAGAACACCAAGCUGGCUCGGGAGAUGGCCCUCACGGGUAACUACGAGUCAGCGCUGGUGUACUACGAAGGGACAGUUCAGAUGAUACAUAGACUGCUGGUGACCAUCGCAGACCCCACACGCAAGUCCAAGUGGCAGUUGGUACAAAAACAGAUGGCGCGCGAAUACGAACAGCUAAAGGCGACGGUAGCCACGCUGCAGAUGUUCCAGCAUGAGGGGGAGAAGGCCAUCACGCCUAUGACUGGCAAUUACGAUGACUUCCCAACGCGAGACCAGAUGUGGGGCCCGGCGCCGCACGAGCUCGACCCUGAUAUAUGGCCGCCGCCGCCGGACCGGGACCCCAAUGCUUGGCCCUCGCCCACCAGCGUCGAACACAAAGGUCCUCCACCCCUGCGCUCUGCGCGCAACAACCCCCGCAACGCUCCUACCAAGAAACCAACCGGCAAGCAAGCAACCACGUCGCAACGCAAAACUUCAGAUGUGCGGAACCCUAAGCUCGCGGGCAACAAGAACCACAGUCACAGUGCAAGAUCAAAAGAGGCGAACAGCAAAGAACCCGCGGGCGGCAAAGACAAGCAGGACCGCGACAACAACAACGGCGACACAGACGACGAGAAACACAACAAGGAGGAUGAGCGGCGGUUCGAGCCGGCCGCGGCCUGCGACGGGGACCUCGUGGACAUGCUCGAGCGGGAUAUAGUACAAAAGAACCCCAACAUCCGGUGGGACGACAUCGCGGAUUUAUCAGAAGCCAAGCGGCUGCUAGAGGAGGCCGUAGUCUUGCCAAUGUGGAUGCCUGACUUCUUCAAGGGCAUCAGACGGCCGUGGAAAGGCGUGCUGAUGGUGGGUCCGCCGGGCACGGGCAAGACCAUGCUGGCCAAGGCCGUCGCCACCGAGUGCGGGACUACCUUCUUCAACGUGUCCUCAUCCACCCUCACCUCCAAGUACCGCGGCGAGUCCGAGAAGCUCGUGCGGCUGCUCUUUGAAAUGGCGCGGUUCUACGCGCCGAGCACAAUCUUCAUCGACGAGAUCGACUCCCUCUGCUCGCGGCGCGGCUCCGACAGCGAACACGAAGCGUCGCGUCGCGUCAAGUCGGAGCUGCUGGUGCAGAUGGACGGACUCGGCUCCGCCACGGAUGAACCCCACAAGGUGGUGAUGGUCCUGGCGGCCACGAACUUCCCGUGGGACAUCGACGAGGCGCUGCGGCGGCGGCUGGAGAAGCGCAUCUACAUCCCGCUGCCCACGCAGGACGGCCGCGAGGCGCUGCUCGCCAUCAACCUCAAGGAGGUCAAGCUCGACCCCGAGGUCGACCUCGCCGCCAUCGCCAGGAAACUGGAGGGCUACUCCGGGGCGGACAUCACUAAUGUGUGCAGAGACGCGUCCAUGAUGUCGAUGCGGCGCAAGAUCGCCGGCCUGAAGCCGGAGCAGAUCAAGCAGCUGGCCAAGGAGGAGCUUGACCUGCCCGUCACCAAGGCCGACUUCCUCGACGCGCUGCACAAGUGCAACAAGUCCGUCUCCAAGGGGGACAUACAGAAGUACUUGUCGUGGAUGGCAGAGUUCGGCUCCUCUUGAUUGUUGGUCUGAACGAAAACGGACGUUAUGUGGACGGUUGUUGUUGCGAUACUGAUCAAAAAUAUGCAAAAAGUUUUUAAGUCUCAAAAAGUUCCACAGCUGCAGGCUUAUUAUGACCAUUCCAUUCGUGCCAGCUUUCGUUAAUCGACCUGUAAUCAAACGAUACGACCAUCGUAUCCAUACUAAUGUAGCAGUACGGCGCCAUACAAUAUGCAGUAACUUAAGUUACCAAUACCUGGGAGACCGAGUAUUGCUCGGAAAACAUAUAAAAACUCAAAAAUGCGCGUUUUCCCAGAGAUAAGACCUAGCUAGAUCGAUUUUUCGCCCCCGAAAAUCCCCAUAUAGCAAAUUUCAUCGAAAUCGUUAGAGCCGUUUCCGAGAUCCCCGAAAUACAAGAAUUGUUCGCAUAAGACAAAACAUACGGCGCCGUACACUGCCAUCUAAUUUACCUGUCAAACUCAAGGUUUAUAGGCUGAACUGAUGUCCUGAUUUUUAACCAGGCGGCUUAGCACGGUCGCGUUUUUAUCCCUUGUCACCAUGCCUGUCACGUUCUAACAAGUAUGUAAGUGCGAAAGGGACGCGCAUAGUGAUAGUCGAUAAAAAUGGAACCGUGCUGAGCCCGCAGGGAACAUCACGAAAAAUGGAAAAUUCAAUUUAGGACAGGAUACAUGAAAAAUCUAAAAUUACAUUUAUCACGAUUAUUUUUUCUUUGUGCGUAAUUUUUGUAUCAGUGUCGCAAACACAACUAGUUUGAAUCAUAGGGACACCAUGCGUCGACAGUUUCAUUUGUAGUCAGUUCUGAGUGUUCUAAUCACAAAUUCUUAUUGUACACGUUUUAGUGCAAGAUAUUACUGUUAUGGUCGCGUGUGCAUGUCAUACGUGAAUAGUGCAUAUUUCAAUCAAAACUUGCAACCAAUUAGUAAAUUCUAGUACUGAAACGGAUUUGACUAAAACAGAAAUAUGUAAAAUCAAGCGACAAAAUGUGUGGUAAUUUUGAUAUAUGGAAAAUUAUAAUGAAAUUAUCCAUUACUGUUAUCAAGUUAGGACCCUCAGAACCCCACAGAAAUCUAAUAUCAUUCGUGUAUAACACACUAGAGAAAUAUACCGUUACUGUUUUAAAUCGUGAUUCAAUUGCAAAUAUAAAUGAAGAGUGAAUCACUCUAUGCCUUAUUAAUUCAUAGACGUGUAAGCUAUCGGAGCAACAUUAGGACUGUUUCAGUAUUAAUAAAACAAGUAUAUAACAUUUUAUAGUGGCAUAUCGAAAUUGUUUAAUAAUAAGUGUCAGUGAAGUGUAGGAAUCAAUUAUCAAGAGGAAAACAUUCCGAUUUGAAAUUAAUAUAAUUUAUAGGCUCUAACCUAAACAAGUGUAUAAUAAAUUUGGCAUUUUAACAUUUAAAAAGAUACACUAUUUUUUCAAGAUAAAUCCAUAGUUUUACAUAGCACAAACUGUAAUGAAAUAGGAGUGUACAAUAAUUUUAAAAACGAGUUCGCUAUAUUAUAUCCCUACAGUAGAUCUGCAGGUUUUAUACAUCCAGUGACCACCUAGCCAUAGCGAGCGCCUUGCCUCCACCUUUGUAAAUUUAACGUUACAUUUAGACUUUUAUAUACAGAAUGAACUUCAAUCAAUUGAAGAACAACCGAUGCGUGCUUUCUUAUUACUAUUAAUUUGAAGCAGAUAUAUUUGCGAGUACGCAUCAGUUCCUUUCAAAAACUACAUUCUUGUGACAAAUCUGUUACUUUGUUAUUGUUUUAGAGCAGUGAUCUUUGUACUUAUUAGGUUAAAUUCGAGAUUUGUUUAUUGUUAAGAAAUAAUUAUAAUGCCAUAACUAAUUUAUGUGUACUUUUUAUAGAUUUAUAUUGAAAACAAAAAUCGUAACUUUAUUUUGAUAAGUAUGAAUUAUAUAUUUGGCAUUUAUUCAUAAUUUAGCUCAACUAAAAUCUAGAAUUGUGUUUGGAGUUUUUUUUAUAAGAGAUUGUGAAUACCUUUAUAGCCUAUAUGACCAAAAUAAUGUUUUUUUGUACAUAAACAAAACACAACAGGAACUUCCCGCGACCACCGCAUGCAUGUGCCUAAUGCUUUUAAUAUCUAUGACAUGUUUUUUUAUGGAAAUAAAUUUCAAUUCUUUAAUAAUACGCGAUAGGAAAACUAAAUCUUAACAAUAACGGCGAUUACUAUCAUUUAUAAUUUCCUACUAAAAAACAAUAUCGAAAAUAAAUAAUGUAUGGUUUGUUUGUAAUUUGUAUUCAACCUCAGGUUGCUAGUUUAAGAAUAUGAUUGUUAUUACCUCUAAGAUCUCUUACAUAAUAUAAUAGUAAUAAUAUUCUUGAGCUUGUAAAACCUAAACUAUAAUUAGUGGUCCUCUAACUAUAAAAUGUGUGACACAUAAUAAUUAUGUGUAACUCGUACAGUAAAUCGUUCAUGGCAUUGAUGUUACCCCAGUACAAUACACAAACUUAUAACUAGUAUAAUGGGAGGGAUAUGGGAUGUAUGUAUCAAUAUAAUGCUAAUAAUAAUAAGGUGGUGGUACCUACUAGUGCUCGACAUGCUAAUGCCCAAUAGAUGACACCCUGCUGUCACCUCUAUUGACAAUGACUUAAGUUUCAAGAUGACAUGUACUGGGACCACGUCGAGCUUCAGUACCACCACAUAAAAAAGAAAAAAAUAAUUUACACAUUUCACUCUCACCAUGUUGAUACACAUGCUUAUAUUAUAGGACACCAAUCAGAAUACUAAUAAUAUUUUGUCAAAUUCACCAACAUGAUUUUAUUGUUAUAAAUAUGGAGUUCAACGAGGAUUCUUAACAUUUUAAGUCCUCCAAAUGUAAUGCAUGUUGCCAGAAUAUGAUAAAUGAAAAUUUUACAAUCUCAUUUUACAAGUUAGAGGGCCCAAGAUCUAUUUUUGCAAUCUUGUUAACAAAUCUUGCGUUAAAAAUAGAUGAAAUAAAACCAUUUUAAUAAUGAA